UGUCAAUGGUUCUCUUUUACAAACGAAUGAAAUGGUAGCAAAAAUUCAGAAAGACGAUCUCGCAGUUGUGUCUUCUCUUCGAGCCCUAAAUGGAUCUUACCACAGCUUUGUUUCAGAAUACAGAGACAAAUUCGGCUUUACGACUUUGCUACAUGCUGACGAGGAUGUUCACAAUGGUCAAACUGUCAAAUUUACCCAGGUAAAGAGCAACUUUGGGUCCCGCUAUGAUGCCAAUACAGGAAUAUUCAGGUCAGAUCGGUCUGAGCUUUUCAUUUUCUUUUAUGGUGUUGAGUGCCAUGGUGGCAAUGUUGGUGCUGAACUUGUUCGAGAUUGAAGCAUAAUUAGUGUUAUUUAUUGCCAGUCUCAUGAUUUGUUUGUGCAGUCCGGAGCUAUGGCCGUGACUAUGCUCUCUCCCUCGUCUUCAGUGUGGGUAAGAAUUAAUGGUAAACCAACACCUCAGAUUCAUGGAAAAAGCACUUUC